CCUCUUCUGGAACCUUCCUCCUCCCUAUCAAAUCAGCCCAGCACGAAACGAAUCAGGGCGUGCUUCGUUCCCAGGCGAACCUCCCCUCCCCCUCUCGGCGUCUCCUCUCCGGCAGCUGCGCCGCGGCUUGGAUCGCAUCCCGUCGGAGCCACCAUGGCUGGGAAGCUUAUUGCAAACCUGAUUGUCAUGGGCUCUACAAUUCUAGGAAGAGCUAUGCUUCAGGCAUAUCGUAAAGCACUUGAUAAUGCAAAUAAAACUGGCGUGGCACAUGAGGCAAUAAAUAAUAUUCGUAGAGCCAGCAAAUCAAUGACCGAGCAGGAAGCGAGGCAGAUACUGGGUGUAUCAGAGAAUUCAACGUGGGAAGAGAUUGUACAGCGGUAUGACAACUUAUUUGAAAGAAACGCCAAAUCUGGGAGCUUUUACCUCCAAUCGAAGAUUCACCGGGCCAAGGAGUGCCUAGAAACCGUGUACCAAAAGGACAAGCAAAACGAGCCUCCUACUUGAGAUCCGCCCCUCAACUCCAGUUGAUAUUCUUUUUCCCCCUCAUAAGAAAAAUGUACAUAACAGCGGAGGUCGCUGCUGUUGUAUCAUUAGUGUGCAAUGUGGAACCAAUAAGACUGAUCCGUUAAGCGCAUGAACCUGCACAAGACUGAUCUGUUAAGGUGUAAGGGAUAGUGGCAUGCGUGCAUGUAGCUCGUGUUCUUUUGAUCCGAUGAAUCCACGAAACGAUAUAUCUUGUGCUUUGGUUUGGUCUUCGUAA